AGGGCUGAGGAAGCAAAGCAGAGGGCAACAACAAUGAAAUCGGUCAAAGUCGUAGUACCUUUCCUCCUCACACUCACACUCUCACUCUCACUCUUCUCCUUCUCCUUCCCUUCCUUCGGGUUCCAAUCCGAUGAGCUCCUCGUUGACGACGAAGAGUUCAGUCUCGAGGGUUCUCCCCAGCAUCGCUCCCCUGAACCCGUCCUCACUCGAUCUCCGCCUGUAACCAGAAAGAGGCAUUCGGAUCUUGACUCUUCUGAUUCUAAGAUCCAGUUCUCUCUUGACCAUGCUUUCGGAGAUUCCGAUUUCUCUCCCGCCGGCACUUUCUCUGCCCGCCUCAAAACUUGGAGCCAUGGCGGUCAGACUCUUACAAAGCUACGAUUUUCAAGGAACAGUUUCAGUAAUGAGGAUAAGGAGAAGUUCAAAAAUCUGCUCAAAAGUGACGACUUCUAUAGGAUAAGACUCCCGUCUAAUGUUUUGAGUCCACCUGGGAGGGAUUUUGUUAUUUCAUCAGUGAAAGCCCGAUGUCUUCCGAGAGAAGGUUUGGAUGAGCAUUUUGUAAUACACAUGGAGGGUGUAAAUGUUUUGGCUGUCAAUUACGGCUCUCCUGGGUCUUGCCCUUAUCCUCGGAAUUUGAAAUUUCCUGCAAAGUGGUCCUUCAAUUCACAUACAGUUUUAAAGAACAGUGAGCAGGCACCAAGGGCUCCUGUAUUUACUGAAGAAAUUCUUGGUGGGGAGAAUGCAGAAAGUGAAGUUGUGCAGCCACCUGAAAGGUCUUUUUGGGCUAAAUAUUGGAUGUAUUUGAUUCCUCUGGGACUCAUCAUCAUGAAUGCCGUAACGCAAGCAAUGAAUAUGCCCGAGGAACAAGCUAGCGGCCAGGCACCUGCUCAAGGACAGCCAUCAGCUGGAGCAGUCCAGCGUGGGCCGAGUUCUGCUGCACGUAGAAGAUGAUUGGUUAGGUUGCUGCUAUUUGUACCCUUUCCGGUAUAAAGGGAAUGAAGUUGAGAUUGAUCUCUUCUAAGGUUCAACUGCGUGAAUUGAAGAUAAUUGUGAAUGUUUUAUACUUAACCGAAGCCAUUUAAGAGGAAAUUAGUGGCUGCUCUUUUUUUGGUUACCCUCACCAAGAAGAAAGACAGUUGAAUCAUUUUGGAUGUUUUAGCUCUGCAAUUUUUCUUUCUGGGUGUUUGGCAGGUCAGAAAAACCAUGGCGUAAUAGUUUCUAGGGCUUUUGUAUUAUUAGCAUUAGCACAUAAUUUGGGGUUCUGUUUUGAACAAUGGGAUGGACCAAAACUUAUA